GAGUGCGAUGAGGGCAAGAUUCCGUUGGUAGACGAUGUGGUCUUUGCCAAAUUAGGCAAUUUCCGCUGGUGGCCUGCCAAAAUCCUGGACCGGGACAAUUUAGCGGACAAUAUGGAACGCAAAACCAGGACAAAUGCGUGUGUCCCGGUUUACUUUUUUGGGUCUCAUGACAUGAGCUGGAUGCCGUGCAACCACAUGACAUCGUACAGAAGUGACAUCGGGUGCACGGCAAAGAAGAACGGAGCUUUCUCGCGAGCUCUGGUGGAGACUGAGGCGCAUAUAGUAGAGGUGGGUCUACCUGCUGCCGUUUUGUGCGUGUCUGUAUGUGAGUUGUAA